GGGCUCCUGCUUCCAAUCUUCCCGGCGGGAGAAGUACGGCAACGUCUUCAAGACGCACUUGCUGGGGCGGCCGCUGGUGCGGGUGACGGGGGCGGAGAACGUGCGGAAGAUCUUGAUGGGGGAGCACCACCUGGUGAGCACCGAGUGGCCCCGGAGCACCCGCAUGCUGCUGGGACCCAACACCGUGGCCAAUUCCAUCGGCGACAUCCACCGGCACAAGAGGAAGGUUUUCUCCAAAAUCUUCAGCCACGAGGCGCUGGAGAGUUACCUCCCCAAGAUCCAGCUGGUGAUCAAGGACACCCUCCGUGCCUGGAGCAGCAACCCCGAGCCCAUCAACGUGUACCACGAGGCGCAGAAGCUGACGUUCCGCAUGGCCAUCCGCGUCCUGCUGGGCUUCCGCAUCCCCGACGAGGAGCUCGGCCGCCUCUUCGAGGUCUACCAGCAGUUCGUGGAGAACGUCUUCUCCCUGCCCGUGGACCUGCCCUUCAGCGGCUACAGGAGGGGAAUCCGGGCACGGGAGACGCUGCAGAAGGGGCUGGAAAAAGCCAUCCAGGAGAAACUGCAGAACACGCAGGGCAAGGACUACGCUGAUGCCUUGGACAUCCUGAUAGAGAGCGGGAAAGAGCACGGGAAGGAGCUGACCAUGCAGGAGCUGAAGGAUGGCACCCUGGAGCUGAUCUUCGCCGCCUACGCCACCACGGCCAGCGCCAGCACCUCCCUCAUCAUGCAGCUCCUCAAACACCCCCGAGUGCUGGAGAAGCUGCGGGAGGAGCUCAGGAGCAAAGGGAUCCUCCACAACGGCUGCAUCUGCGAGGGCUCCCUGCGGCUCGACAACAUCAGCAGCCUCCACUACCUGGACUGUGUCAUCAAGGAGGUGCUUCGGCUCUUCACCCCCAUCUCCGGCGGGUACCGGACGGUGCUGCAGACCUUCGAGCUGGAUGGUUUCCAGAUCCCCAAGGGCUGGAGUGUGAUGUACAGCAUCCGGGACACCCACGACACCGCCCCGGUCUUCAAGGACGUGGACGUGUUCGACCCCGAGCGCUUCGAGCAGGGCCGGAGCGAAGACAAGGACGGCAGGUUCCACUACCUCCCCUUCGGAGGAGGAGUACGGACCUGUCUGGGGAAGCACCUGGCCAAGCUUUUCCUCAAGGCCCUGGCCAUCGAGCUGGCCAGCACCAGCCGCUUCGAGCUCGCCACCAGGACUUUCCCCAAAAUCACCCUGGUGCCCGUGGUCCACCCGGUUGACGGACUCAAGGUCAAGUUCUUCGGACUGGAUUCCAACCAGAACGAGAUCCUGGCAGGGACAGACGCCAUGCUGGGGGCCACCGUGUAACGCCCACGCCGCGGCGGCGCCAGGGACGGAGGGGCGGGGUGGGGGCGAGGGAUGGACAGGAGGGGAGGAGAGAAAGGGCUGAGGAGCUUCUCCACCACGCAGAGCCUCCCGAUCUCGGGACUUUUCCCCCCCCCCCCUCUCCCCCGGGUGAAGCUGCCGAAAGCCUUCUGCUCUUCCCGCGGAAGGGGCGCGGAGAAGGUGUUUUUUCGGGGGAUGUCGUGGCGCGCCUCGUUUCGUCCGGAAAGGAGGGAGAUCCGCGGAAAAACCCGAGCCGAGCCGGGAUGUCUGACCGUACACAGUAUCUAAAUAUUAUAAAUAUAUAUAUAUAAAUAUCUAUAAAACACUUCUGCUGCGAGGAGGAGCGCUGGCAAAGGCCCGACUGCGGGGAAGGCUUUGGAAAUCGGCCGAGGGUCGGAGGUCUGGUGUCCCGGGGCGGCUCCCGGGUGACCUCUGAUCUUCCUUUUAACAGUGUUAAAUUAGCUGGUGAUAACAGUGUUUCUUUGGGGUUUUUUUGGUUUUUUUUGUUUUGUUUUUUUUUAGGUUUUUUUUGUCCCUUUGUUUGGUUUUGUUGUUUGUUCCGGGGCGUUGGAGGCUUUCCUUGGUGAGGGGGAGACAAGAGGUGCCCAUUCCCAUCCCCUCUCCCGCUGGUGCCGGGGCAGGCUGGGAAGGGGCCGAGGGGGGAGCUGUUAUUUCAGACCGAAAAACCCUGUGGUGUCUUGUCCAGGGCUGGACAAGUCGUCCCUCUGAGGCCUUGGGCACAUUUGCAUUUUGCAAGAUGCGUUUUGGGGGGCUCUGGAUAAGGGGAGGAAUGUCCUUUUUUAUUUUUUGUUUUUAAUCUCGUUGAGUUUCCUGCUGCUGCUACACGGCCUGUGUGCACCGUUCCCCCGGCACAGCCCCUCCCCAGCCGGGCAGAGCCACCUCUUUUGGGAGCAUCUUUGGUGUCUUUGCUCUCCCUGGAGGUGCAGGCACCACCCUCGGGGCUGCAGGGCCCCACCACGGCUCCGAGAGCUCCGGGGUGCUGAGCAAAGCCAAGCUGCUCCUUUGGGUGCGCCCUCUUCCACAGGAGGCAUUGGCAUGGAAGAUGAUCCCUCUAAAUAAGCCAACACACACUGCUUGUCUCGUGUCUGGGUUGUGGUUGGUGAUGGCAGAGCUCAGCAGGAAGGAGAGGGGCUCCGUGUCCGCCCCAUCCCACCGCUAGCCCAGGAGGAGGGCCCUGCCCAAAGCUUCUCCGGCACAAGAGAGCGGCCACCGAGAGGUAUCUCAGCUUUGGGUUUAUUUGAGUUCCAUUUCUUGCAUGCCAGAGGCUUCUGGGUCGAGUUUGAGGUCAGUGGGUUGUGUUGAAGGGGAAGAAAAGCCCCCUGAGUGUCUCGGCGGGUGUUUGGUUCACACCAGAGCCAAGCACCAGCCGCUUCGAGCUCGCCACCA